UUCUCGUUAAAAUAUUGUCAUUUUUUACUAUCACUAAUCAAUUAACAGUGAUAAUUUUUUACUUAGUAUAUAUGAGAGCUCAUUAAGUACUCUAUAGGUCUUGAGCGAUCCCGACAAUGGUCUAGCGGUACUUGUUUCGGCAAAAGGCGACAUUGCAGCAGUUGGAACUGAAGAAGAAGUUAGGAAUGCAAUAGGAGAAUAUCCGGUGAUGAAGACGUUAGCGACAAAUGGAGGCAUUCUUCUACCUGGAUUUGUCGAUGGCCACUCCCAUCCUGUCUUUGCUGGUGAUCGAGUUCAUGAGUUUGCUAUGAAACUUGCUGGAGCAACUUAUAUGGAGGUUCAAGCAGCUGGAGGUGGCAUACAUUUCACGACUUCGAAAACAAGAGAAGCUUCUGAAGAAUAUCUGCUGGAAGAGUUCAAGAAGAUUGCCUAUGAGAUGCUGAAAAGUGGUACGACCACACUUGAAGCCAAAAGUGGCUAUGGAUUGGACACAGAAAGCGAGCUAAAGGUAAUCCGAAAAUCAUUUCUUCAGGCUCGAGAUGCUCACAACUAA